AUGAAAGAUGACGAGUUGGCCGACCAUCUUUACAAAAAUUUAAAGGGUAGAAGAUACCUCAUUGUUAUGGACGAUCUAUGGGAUAAAGAAACAUGGGAAGAUUUGAGAAGGUUAUUUCCAGAUGACAAAAAUGGAAGCAGAGUUUUGUUCACUAGUAGGAUGAAAAAUGUGGCGAUGGAAAUUUCUCGGGCGAUCAUUGAACCUCCUCUCCUGCCCCCAAGUGAAAGUUGGAAUUUAUUAGAACAGAAAGUGUUCAAGAAAGAACGUUGCCCUCGAGAGUUGGAAGAUAUUGGUAAGCAAAUUGCAGAAAAUUGUAAGGGAUUACCACUUCUAGUAGUUUUGAUAGCUGGAAUCCUUUCAAAUAUGGAGAAAAAAGAAAGCUUAUGGCUAUAG